AUGCGUUGGUCUCCCCUCCUCCUCGCCUCCCUCACUGGGUUGGAAUUCGCUCAGGCACACGGCCACGAUGAGCAUGAGCCUCACAUGAAUGUCAUUUGGGGACGCGGUGGGCCCAACGAGUUGCGACAGAAGCGUGCGGCAUGGUGUGGUCAGGGCCCUGACUACUGCAACUCUCCCGAUUGUCAAAUCAGCUACGGCCCUGCUUGCGACGGCAACCAAAGGCCAAGCGGCCCCGACACUUCCAACGACGCCAGACCCAAGCUUGGUAGCGUUCCCUACGGCGGUGUUGGCAUCUACAACUGCGUCAACGACGGUGAUGUCGCCAUCACUUACGACGACGGCCCGUACCUCUACACCGAUGGCAUGCUGGAUGCUUUCAAGGCCCACGGUGCUGUUGCAACAUGGUUCAUCACUGGUAACAACAUCGGCAAGGGUAUGAUCAACGCCAACUACGUUAGCACCAUUCAGCAGCGUAUGAUUGCCGAGGGCCACCAGGUCGCCAGCCACACGUGGUCUCACGAGAACCUCGACUCCUUGACCCUGGCCCAGCGCAAGAACCAGAUGGUGUAUAACGAGAUCGCCUUCACCGACAUUUUGGGCUUCUACCCUACGUACAUGCGUCCUCCUUACUCCAUCUGCGGAUCCGAGUGCCAGGGACAGAUGGCCGAUCUUGGUUAUCACAUCACCUACUUUGAUCUCGACACUCAGGGUUAUCUGCACACUGACCCUAGCCAGAUUGGCGUCAGUGUCAACUUGUGGGACCAAGCCAUGCAGGCCAAGUCUCCUUGCAACGGCUCCUACUUGCACAUCGAGCACGACAUUCAUCAGCAGAUUGCCCAGGUUCUUACUCCUCACAUUCUGGACUCCGUCGUCGCCAACGGCUGGAGGGCCGUUACCGUCGGCGAGUGCUUGGGCGAUCCCGUUGAGAAUUGGUACCGUCGUGGCAACCCGGGUUACAACUUCAAAAUCACCGCAUCCAGCCCUGCGGUCUGCGCUAGCACGGCAUCCAAGACAACCACUGCAGCUUUCUCUACCGGUGGCGCGACCACCCUUCCCACCUCCACGUCCCUGGCUGUCUCAACUGACGCUUCCUGCGGUGGAACCAGCGGAAACACCUGUCUUGGAUCUAGCUUUGGAAACUGCUGUUCCGUCAACGGCUGGUGUGGUAGCACCAACGCGUACUGCGGAUCGGGUUGUCAGUCCAAGUUUGGUAACUGCGGAAGCAACGCCGGCUCCAGCAGCACAGUCUCGGGCUCUACUUCAGGCUCUAUUUCCGGGUCAACCCGUUCUACUUCUGCCUCCGGUUCUUCUACCGGCUCCGCCACUGCUGCGUCCGUCUCCGGCUCGGCGUCUUCUUCUGCUUCGGCUUCUGGCUCCGUUUCCGCCCAGUCUGGCUCAUCCACGGCCAGCGCGGCUUCGGGCUCGUCAUCUGCCUCUCGCUCCAGCACUGGCACCGCUGCUCUUCCCUCUUCCACCCUUCCUGUCUCAGACAACGGCGAGUGCGGCAGCAACAACGGCAGAACCUGUAUCGGCUACUCUCAGGGCAGCUGCUGCUCCCAGUACAACUACUGUGGAAGCACCGAUGCUCACUGCGGCACCGGUUGCCAGAGUGUCUUCGGUACCUGUGGCGCCUCCGUCAACGCUACCUCUCCCAGUGGCACCGCAAGCGCCGCGGCCGGCUCAAGCGCCCGCCCCAGCUCUGCCGGUACCGCUUCUGCCUCUGCUCCUCUCGCAAGCUCUACCUUCCCGGCCACCAGCGAUGGUACGUGUGGUGCCGCGGCGGGCAAGAGCUGUGUUGGCUACUCUGGAGGCACCUGCUGUUCUCAGUACAACUACUGCGGUAACACCGAUGCCCACUGCGGUACUGGCUGCCAGUCUCUCUUCGGCAGCUGCCAGAGCUCCGCGUCCGGUGGAAGCUCUGCAGCAAGCUCCGCUGCCGGCCAGGCUAGCGGUACCCGCACUGCUUCCGCCUCGGCCUCCACCAACACCAACCCUUCCAGCGACGGUACUUGUGGUGGUACCCAGGGCUUCAACUGCUUGGGUACCAAUUUCGGUGACUGCUGCUCGCCUUACGGCUACUGUGGUAGCACCACCGCUCACUGCGAUACGGGCUGCCAGAGCGGCUUCGGAAAGUGCUCUGGCACCGGCUCGGACGUGAACGUGUCUCUUGAUGGAAAGUGCGGCAAGACGGGCACCUCGGGAUCGGAGACCUGCCAGGGCUCCACCUUUGGAAACUGUUGCUCGGCUUACGGCUACUGCGGUAGCACUGAUCUUCACUGUGGCACUGGAUGUCAAUCCAGUUUCGGCACAUGUGGCUCUUCCUCCGCAGCAACCUCCUCUGCCAGAUAA